AGCUGAUAGAAUAUAAUUCAUCCUUCUCAAACGCCUUGCUUGCCCACUCUACAAAAUCCAGAAUCUACCAUUUUUCUGCUUUUUACAAUUUAGGGUUUCGUUCAUCUGUAAUUUCUUCAAUGGCGGAUCAGACCUUGGGGUUUGUUGAAUCCGAGGAGAUCUCUGAUUCCUUUGUAUGCUGCGUUUGUUUGGAUCUUCUAUACAAGCCUAUAGUGCUUUCUUGUGGUCACAUAUCAUGUUUUUGGUGCGUGCAUCACUCCAUGGAUGGUUAUAGAGAAUCACAUUGUCCAAUAUGUAGAAAUCCGUACACCCAUUUUCCAACCAUCUGCCAAUUGCUUCACCGUUUGCUUCAGAAGAUGUAUCCCCUUGCCUAUAAGAAAAGGGAAUUGCAAACUUUAGAAGAGGAGAAGAAAAAUGGUUAUUUCUCACCUCAGCUGGAUGGCAAUGCUUGUAACACUUCAACUGAGCAAGAUCUUCAUUGUAUUGAAAACUCUGCAUGCGAGGAAUCCUGUCCUAAUAUAAAGCAGUUAGAUUCCAGAUAUCAGGUUCGUCAUGAUGGGGAUUUCAAACAAUUUACUGGGCCUGUUCAGGACGAGUCCUGUGGAGAUAAAAAGCAGUUAGUGUCCAGGUUUCAAGUUCCGGACAAAUGUUUGAUUAUACCUGAGAAAGACCCUGAUGAAAAUCGUAAGAUGGCUGGCACUGGGACUGGCAAUGAAAUGAAUAUCCCUAAAGAGCAGCAUAAUGGGAAUUUCAAGCAAGUUACAGUGGAGGAUGUGCUAUGUGCUACAUGCAAACAGCUGCUUUUUCGUCCCAUGGUUCUUAACUGUGGUCAUGUACAUUGUGAGAGUUGUCUUGUAGUAGAAUCUUGUGACAAGAUGAUUACAUGUCAAGUGUGUCAAAGUUUGCAUCCAAAGGGGUUUCUGAAUGUUUGUUUGGAGCUUAAUCAGUUUCUGGAGCAGUGCUUUCCCAGAGAAUAUGCAUUUAGGAGAGAUGCUGCACAGCUCAAAAAAAUCAACUUUAAGGAUCCAAGCAUGAUUCCAAAUUUGAAAGAAGGUAGUAAAAAAGCAGGAAAUGUUCAAUGGUGGCGUGACCCUCGUGUAUAUAAUGCUCAUUUUGGUGUUGGCUGUGAUUAUUGUGGGAUGUAUCCAAUAAUUGGGGAGAGGUAUAGAUGCAAAGAUUGUUUGGAGAAAAUAGGAUUCGACCUAUGCAGUGGUUGCUACAAUACUACUUCCAAGCUUCCCGGACGGUUCAAUCAGCAGCACACCCCAGAUCACAAGUUUGAGAAUAUACCAGCAAAACCAGCAAACACUCUUCGAAUACCUAUGGCUAUAUAUGGAUCUACCCAUCUAGUCUUCGGUAACUAUUCUCCAGAAAUUUCGGAAGAUGACUCUACUCCUCACUCUCUCUCUGGUGAUGCUCAUGAGAAUGCAGAAUUCAGUUCGGCUGCUCAUGCCCCUGCUUCCUCUGGUAGUGGUGAGGAGGAUGAUCGAGCCAACUCGGGAUCCACUGCUUGAAUUCAAAAUCUGAACAGAGCCAAUGAUCAUUUGCUCAUCAAGGUGAGAGCACUCAAGGUUGCUUGCUGUACAUGGCCGAUAUAAUGAGGCCACAAGACACUGUACAUAUUAAUUUUCUCAUAUUUUUGCAAUUGUUUGGGUUGUUUCCAAAGGCUUUUAUGGAAUUCAUGUUCAAACCCCAGCUUCUUCGAUCUGCCUUGUGAUUGAGAAGAAUGCAGUUGGCUUGGAUUCCAGGUCUCCAUAAUAUGGACACAGCCUAGAGCUUCGAUAACUCCACACUUCGAUAUGGUAGAGAGCUGUGCUUGUCAUGCCAUUGGUGUAUAAAAAAAGUGCUCAAAAAUUAUAUAUUUGCUUGUUUUAUAUUUAUAUUAUAUCAUUCCUUUGUAGUUAUUACCAUCAUUUUAGGGCCUUAGGCGAAUAAUUAAUAAGUGCAUCGUCUUCAUCACUUACCAAGGUGUUGAACCAUCGUCGGGGGUGUUUGGUUUGAUGAGAAUGAGAAUGAGAAUGUCAAAUCUAACUCAUGUUUGUUAAAUUUAUUUUUAACGGUUUGGGGUUUGUGUUUCUACGUGGAUUCUAUUUUUUAGCUUGAUUUAUGAGUAAUUUUAACCUCUUUAAAUA